AUUGGACAAGAGAGGGAGCUCGUUUUAGCUGCUAACAGAUUAACUGAUGAUCUCAAGAAGAAAUUGGAAUUAACAUCUUCCGCCCUUGUUGAGCGUCAAAAUGAAGUCACGGCUCUAAAUCGGGAGAAAGCUUCACUCACUGAUUCUCUAAACAAAGCCAGUUCUGAGCUGACUGCUCUUCAACAGCUGCAUGCUACCGAAGUAAAAAGGCUCAAUGCUGAUGUUAUACUUCGCAACGACACUAUCGAUAAGUUAUCGCGUGAGGCGGAAGCGAUGCAGGCAAAAUUACAAGCCAAAGAACAGGAGUGCGAAAACUACAUGAAAGAGCUGGAUUCCGUACGAUGUCAUGAUCAAAAAACGCAAGCUGACUUGGAACGAAUGCGUAAGCUGAGGGACGAAAUGCGGAAGCUUACAGAGGGAUUUGACUGA